AUGUCUGAACCGAAGAAGCUGCGCAAGCGUUGCAAGGCAAAGCGUUGGCUGAGAAGCUGGGUCUUCACGCCUUUUGGGAACGUGAAGAUCAAAUUGAUCCAUAAGAUCGAGCGGAGGCGGAGUCAAAAUAUCCCAGAUAGCGACCUAAAACGAAUCGUGCUUGAUGCACUGAGUGAUCGCUAUCCCACUCGCCAUUUUCGGGGCCGCAAUGAGAGCAUAUCGACCCCAGGAAGAAUGUCGCCGUUCAGCGAUGAAUAUAGCCUAUCUGUCGUGGACCUUGAGAGUUCAAUUUCCUCCAGAAGGAACGAGGGUCAGCAAGAGCAUUCCUGUAGAUGGAGGAGGUGCAAUGAUCAGCCUGAAAGAGUCACUCUUGCCGUGGCAACCCUCCAACCUCAUCAUCGCAUUGAUCCUCGCAACACUUGGCGAGGAGAUUUUGAUGGGCCUACAGUACUUCAGGUCAUGAACCCCGAUUUCUCUUCUGAUUCAAGUAGUGAAGACCACAACUCCCCGAAAGCACAAAUCAUUCACACGUAUGAAACUGAACACAUUCUGUGCGAGCCUCCUGCGAUUGUUGUAACAAGCCCAGAAUUCCGUUCUGAGAUCCUCAGUGAAGACGGGCAGUUGAAGCAGCUACGUACAGAUGAGAACGUGAGUCACCCAUUCAUUGCAACUGUUACCCCUUGUGUCCCGGGUCUGUAUUUUAUAGAUCGGCCGGAUCCCCCGUUAUCCUGUCUCAUCACGCAAGCUCUCCGGGACUCCAACUCACCCAUUGUCGCUCAAAAGGGCAUCUGUUCAUGUUCACCCUCUGCUCAUCUUUCUCAUUCGAUUGACUUUGAUAUGUUCUCAGUCGAUAUGUCACCAUCAUCCAUCAUUCACAGCAGACUACCCAAGUCUGCCACAGAAAACAUAAUGAAUCGAGCGUACAGAAAGCAAGAUACUUUCCUGAUGCAUCGGGCAAAGGUCUCCGAUGCAGACCUACGGCCUCGGCCACUCAACAUUCGCAAAGGUGCACUUCAAGAGAAGAUCCGAAAUGGGACUCUGCAACCCCUUCCCAUAAACACAUCCCAUGGGGCAAUAGCCCAUGCAAAACCACCAUACAAUCUCUACCACAAAAUUCACCAUGGUUCACCUUCAUUGCCUCCUUCGACAUCUGAUCAACCACGCAUCACUUCCACCUGCGUGUCUUCAUAUGAGCCAACAACUCCCAGCGAUCUUCAGCUGGGAGGCUAUCGCCCAUCUUCCUUAUGCAAUAAUUGGGUGGAAGCCCAAGCGAGAUACCAUGCAUUCUAUACCCAUCCCUCCCAGUUCAGUGGCCUCAGAGGCCCACAAGGUGGAUCUCGCCCGCCUGGAUACCCUGUGGCCGGCUCCCCAUCAUAUGGUGUCUUCCUUGAAGGUUUAUUCACCCCUCCGGAACCCGAUCGACCUGCUUCAAAUGAACCAUUGCCGGGCUUGGCAAUGAGCCUUUCUGCGGGUACAGUGGCACGAUGUCGCAGAAGGCUAGAUGGCCAGUCAGACUGA